GACGGGCUGGCGGCAGUCGCGCGCCGGCCGCAGUCACGGUUGGAGGUGUAUGUUUACGUAUCCGCGAUGAAAAUUCGACCUUUCGUAGAGGUUAUGUUUAUGCGCGCCGCCAGGAUGACACAUGAUUUUAUACGCCGAUCUCUUUAAAAGCAUCGUUGUCGGACAUCCGUGUGCUCUUGGAAAAGAAGCUCCGAUGAUAUUUCGAGAAUUCUACAAGCUCUCCCUGGCAGCGGAUUGCGCUGAUGCGCGCGACAGCUCCGGCAAAACUUGGUAAAUGCGUGAAGUGUGUCGAGCCAUAUCCAUCAUAAACAUAAUUCGUGCGGUAGUGUUCGUGUGAGGGGCCACCGAGAGGCCGCGGCGGUGGGUUUUCGAGAUGAGCUAUGAAUCUGGGUUGCCUGGUAGCCUGUGUCUUCGUUCUUCAGCUGCCCUCAAUACUCCACGCGCUGCCUUCUGUCGUCAAAAUCGGUGCUAUAUUCACUCAUGACCAAAAGGAUAGCAGCACGGAGCUGGCCUUCAAGUACGCCGUUUACAAGAUCAACAAGGAGAAAAUUAUUCUGCCGAAGACCACGCUGGAGUACGAUAUCCAAUACGUGCCGAAAGAUGAUUCCUUCCACGCCUCUAAGAAAGCGUGCCAGCAGGUCAAGUAUGGCGUCCAGGCAGUCUUCGGGCCCUCGGACCCGAUUCUGGGCCAGCACAUUCACAGUAUCUGUGACGCUCUCGACAUCCCACAUCUCGAGGCCAGGCUGGAUCUGGACGCGGAGGCGAAGGAGUUCAGCAUCAAUCUCUAUCCCGCACAAAGUCUGCUCAACAUCGCUUAUCAGGACAUCAUGGAGUUCCUCAACUGGACUAAUGUAGCAAUCAUCUACGAAGACGACUACGGAUUGGUGAAGUUACGGGAACUGGUGAGGUCACCAAAAAUCCGUGACAUCGAAGUCAAUCUCAGACAGACGGAUCCCGACUCGUACAGGCAGGUCCUCUCGGAAAUGAAAAGCAAGGAAAUUCGAAAUCUAAUCGUGGACACGAGACCCGAGCACAUGCAUCAUUUUUUACGAAUGAUCCUGCAGCUGCAGAUGAAUGAUUACAAGUACCACUACCUCUUCACGACUUUCGAUAUCGAAACCUUUGACCUCGAGGAUUUCAAGUACAAUUUUGUCAAUAUCACUGCCUUUCGUUUGGUCGACGCGGACGACCUCGGCGUACGCAGUAUCCUGAGGGACAUGGAACGCUAUCAGCCUGCGGGGAAUACGAUCCUCAAUAAAUCGAGAAUCAUCCAGGCCGAGCCAGCGUUGAUGUACGAUAGCGUACAGGUGUUCGCAGUGGGAUUGCGUACCCUGGAGCAAUCCCAUGCUUUAAGACCCGCCAAUAUCUCUUGCGAACUCGAGCACCCCUGGGACGGCGGAUUAUCUCUUAUCAACUACAUCAACUCGGUCGAGAUGAAGGGUAUCUCCGGGCCCAUUGAAUUUAAAGAAGGCCGCAGAAUUCAGUUUAAAUUGGAUCUGCUGAAGCUGAAGCAACACUCGCUCGUCAAGGUCGGCGAGUGGCGUCCCGGUGCCGGCGUCAACGUCACAGACACCGCAGCCUUCUUCGAGCCCAGCAUCGGGAACGUGACUUUGAUCGUGAUCACUAUACUGGAGAUGCCGUACGUGAUGAUGCACCAAGAAAAAAACUACACCGGCAAUUCGCGGUUUUACGGGUUUUGCGUGGACCUCCUGGCGGCGGUGGCGAAGGAGGUGGGCUUCUCUUACCGAUGGGAGCUGGUGCCGGACAGGAAAUACGGUGCACGGGAUCCGGAAACCGGCGAAUGGAACGGCAUCGUCAGAGAGCUCAUGCGACAUAAAGCUGAUCUCGCAGUCGGCUCGAUGACGAUCAACUAUGCGCGCGAGAGCGUCAUCGAUUUCACGAAGCCGUUCAUGAAUCUGGGCAUCUCGAUCCUCUUCAAGGUGCCAACUAGUCACCCGGCACGACUCUUCUCUUUUAUGAAUCCACUGGCGAUCGAGAUCUGGUUGUACGUCUUGGCGGCGUAUGUUUUAGUGUCGGUAACAAUGUUCGUCGUAGCACGGUUCAGCCCAUACGAGUGGAACAAUCCACACCCGUGUCACGCCGGGCAGGAUGUCGUCGAGAACCAAUUCUCUUUGUCGAACAGCUUCUGGUUCACUAUCGGGACUCUUAUGCAGCAAGGCAGCGAUUUAAAUCCCAAGGCGACGAGCACGCGUAUCGUGGGUGGUAUAUGGUGGUUCUUUACCUUGAUCAUCAUCUCGUCGUACACUGCGAAUUUGGCGGCUUUUCUUACAGUGGAAAGAAUGAUCACGCCAAUAGAGAAUGCAGAGGAUCUCGCUAGUCAAACGGAUAUCGCAUACGGAACGCUCGAUAGCGGAAGCACGAUGACUUUCUUCAGGGACUCAAUGAUCGAGACUUACAAAAAAAUGUGGCGGUUCAUGGAGAACAAGAAGCCAUCAGUGUUUGUAUCGACUUACGAGGAAGGUAUCCAGCGGGUUCUUCAGGGUGACUACGCUUUUCUGAUGGAGUCAACCAUGCUGGAUUAUAUCGUUCAGAGAGAUUGCAAUCUCACGCAAAUCGGUGGUCUCUUGGACACCAAGGGAUAUGGAAUCGCCACGCCAAUGGGCUCGCCAUGGCGAGAUAAGAUAUCUCUAGCGAUUCUGGAGUUGCAAGAGAAAGGCGAAAUUCAGAUGCUGUAUGACAAAUGGUGGAAAAGUCCCGGGGAUACUUGCAUGAGGACGGAAAAGGGAAAGGAGAGUAAAGCAAACGCUCUGGGCGUCGACAACAUAGGAGGUGUCUUUGUGGUCUUACUCUGCGGCUUGGCAUUCGCUGUGCUCAUAGCGAUUUUCGAGUUCUGCUACAAUUCAAGAAGGAAUGCGCCGGCGGAACGGCAAAGGUCUCCGAUGCCGAUACCUACCACCGGCUCUCUGCAGGGAAUUUCUCAGGCCGUGCAGCAGCAGCAACAGCAGCAGCAGCAACAACAGUGCCAGCAGCCACAUCAACAGCAGCAACAACCGAAUCAACAGCAGGAAUCGCUUUGUUCGGAAAUGGCACGCGAGCUCUGCCGUGCCUUACGUUGCCACGCGUCGUCUCGACGACGUCGACGCACCUGCGACAAGUGCUCCACGCACGUGAUCGGCUAUCCGCCGGAUAAUCCCACUGCCACCCCUAUCAACGGGAUGAGAUCCCAGAGGAGUAGCCUACCCGUAGUCGAACUGCCUCCACACAUUCACAUGCAUCAUCAUGCACCGCCGCACGAUUACAGCGGUAAUUAGAGCCGAAGGACGUCUUCAUCGAGACAAACCAACAAUGACAUUAGUCGUAAUCGAAGAACAAGUACAAAAAGCGUAUCAUGCGUCGUGAAAAGCGGUGAAAAUCGACUCCGUGUCGACUCAUCCGUCAAAAAGCACGAGCGUUCACUUUUAGAUCCCUACGAGUUUUGCACAAUAUCGCGGAAUCAUUGUCGAUAUUUUACAUUAAACACGAAGAGAGCUUAACCGCAUUUAUAUUGAACCGCGUUUAUAUGAACGUGCGCCGCUUGUCCACACAUUCGACAAAUCCGUGGAAAUCGACGCAAUAAAACUGUGUAAUCGAUAAAACAGUGAAAUGAUUCCAAAGUGGCCUCUCUCAUUGGUGAAUUUUGCUUUAUUUGCUAGUCCACAAGGCAUUAUAAUUACAUCGACGCGAGAUCUACAACGUUCUCCCACCGCUUUAUCCAUUAAAUUUCCGAGUACAUUGUGGUAAUGUAACACGAUACUAUCUAAAGGGAUGUGAAAAAAUUUUAAUUAACGAAUUGCAACGAAAUGUAUUAAGUUCAGAGAAAAAUUUCCUUUGGCACCGUGCGAUCGAGAUUGUUAUUUAAUUUAACGAGUUCAAAUAUUUGAAGAGGCUACGUUAUUUCUUACGUAAUUUUCCUCUCUCUCUCUCUUCAGUAUUACGAAUUAUAUUAUAUUACGAAUAAUCAUAAGAACACUCCUGAUUUUGAACGAUUUUUAGCAUACGUCGAAGCCGAUGGCUUUGUUGAAAGGUUGUAAAAUUCACGAAAGAAUUUAUGAUGUACAAAACGAACAAGAGGGGAAUAUCUUUUCCCGUACUCCCCUCUCUCUUUCUCUCUCUCGAAACACAUAGGAACUUCUUCAGUAAAUCAAUCCUGUUCCAGAAAUUUUUAUUUCUAACAUACAUAGCUUUCCUUUGAGGUCGAGGCUUGCGUUGUUGUGAAAUGAUCACUGCAAAUUAGUGGUCCAUGUGACGCUGAAGCCUAAUGUUACUUCGAUUGAUACGAUAUCGUUAAAAUUGCUCGAUUAAGAGAGUAGUACGCUGAACUUAGGG